UCUUGGCGUGUUUAAUGUUGCCAAUAACGAGAGAUUUUUUUUAGGGGGAGGGGGGACGCGAGAACAUAUCGUGCUGCAAUUAGUUCAUUGAAAACUCAGUCGCUCGCGAAGCGGUCAGACGGAGACUGCUCUCGGCAUUUUUCCCUCCUGCCUAAGGAUCUCCUGCGGAGAGCUGCAACAAUGCCCAAAAGAAAGGCUGCAAGCGAUGCCAGUCAGGAGCCAAAGAGAAGAUCAGCCCGACUGUCUGCUAUGCCUGUGCCCUUCAUACCAGAGUUGAAACCGAGAAGAGCAUCAACUCCAAGGAAAAUGAAGGCCACAAACGUUACAGUGGAAGAAAACAAGGAUGCAGGUGCUGUGGCAGUUCCUGAAAGCAAGCCCCAGGAUGUUCAGGAGGCGUGCAACAUGGACAACUCUGAAAAUGGAGAAGCCAAAGUUGUGCAGGUACCUUGAAA